UCGAUAACAAUAGCCUCGACUCGACUCCUACGAAACCUCUUAUAUCUUGUUUAUAUCUGUAAUAAAACAUAAAUAUAAUAAAUAUCCACCAUGCGCGAUGAGAUUUUGGACCCCAGUAACCUGGUGAAGAACAGGGAAAUCCUUUACCGCCUGAUGAUCAGUCAACUGAUGUACGAUGGCUUGGAGAAGUUCGCCAUGGAGCUGUCCAUGCUGGUCAAGGCCGAUCAGUGUGCUCCGAGUGAACGUCUGUUGCACGUCAUGAUUUCCGGAAUGCAGACACUGAGCGAUAAGGACAAGGUCCAUUCGGAUGACGUCCUGCCCGGAAUAGACCUGGAAUUCGAGCCGGAGGCCUCAGCCUUGGCCCCGGAACCCCACUCUUACGAAACGGCCUAUGUGACCUCGCACAAACAGGCCUGUCGCGCUGGCGCCUUCAGUUACGAUGGAUCGCUGGUGGCCACCGGAAGUGUGGAUGCCAGCAUCAAGAUUCUGGAUGUGGAGCGUAUGCUGGCCAAGUCUGCACCCGAAGACAUUGAGCCGGGAAGGGAACAACAGGGUCACCCGGUCAUUCGCACGCUCUAUGAUCACACUGACGAGGUGUCCUAUCUGGAGUUCCACCCCAAGGAGCACAUCCUGGCCUCCGCCUCGCGCGAUGGCACUGUCAAGCUGUUUGACAUCGCCAAACCUUCGGUGAAGAAGGCCCACAAAGUGUUCACCGACUGCGAACCCGUCUUGUGCCUAUCCUUCCAUCCCACGGGUGACUACGUGGCCAUCGGCACGGAGCACAAUGUGCUAAGGGUGUAUGAUGUGCACACCACACAGUGCUUCGUCAGUGCCAUACCCUCCCAGCAGCACAAGGCGGGCGUUACCUGUGUGAAGUAUUCGCCGACGGGAAAACUCUACGCCACUGGCAGCUACGAUGGAGACAUCAAGAUUUGGGAUGGAAUCAGCGGGCGAUGCAUUAACACCAUUGCCGAGGCUCACGGAGGAGCAGCCAUCUGCUCGCUGGAGUUCACCAGAAAUGGAAAGUACCUCCUAUCCUCCGGUAUGGACUCCUUGGUUUACCUUUGGGAGCUGUGCACCAGUCGACCCAUCCAGACAUACACGGGUGCCGGAACCACCGGCAAGCAGGAGCACCAAACGGAGGCCGUGUUUAACCACACCGAGGACUACGUGCUAUUCCCCGACGAGGCCACUACGUCGCUGUGCUCCUGGAACUCACGUAAUGGCUGCCGAUUGACGCUUAAUUCGCUCGGACACAACGGACCUGUGCGCUAUAUUACCCACUCACCCAACGCACCUGCAUUUCUCACCUGCUCCGAUGACUUUCGGGCACGUUUCUGGUACCGAAGGGCCAAUAAUCAGUAAAUUAAGAAGGCUUAUAAAUUCAAAUAAAAUAUUUAAGAAACAAAA